GACGAUAGCUCCUCCUCCAUCUCCUCCUCCAAUGCCUAAAAUUUAUGUGCCUUGGAUCCUUAAGUCAGCCUUUUAACUUCCUGCGCCCCGCAUCGCAAACGUCGGGAGCCUGGAGUGCCAGGGAUGGCCUUGGAGAGGGACAGACUUCCAGGCCAGGAGGUGGUGACGUUCAAGGAUGUGGCUGUGGACUUCACCCAGGAGGAGUGGCGACUCUUGUCCCUUCCCCAGAAGAAGCUGUACAAGGAGGUGAUGCUGGAGAAUGCCCAGAACCUGCUCUCUGUGGAACAACAGAUAAGACCUGAAAUGAAAGUGAAUCGAACAGAGGUGAGCUUUCCUGUGGAAGAGAUGGACCUACAGAGAUUCAUGAUUGAUGGUCUCGAUAAUUUUGCUUUCAGAGAAUUCUGUGUUGCACCUCCAAAUUCUUCUCAUAUUGAAUAUCAAAGAAUUCCCACAAAGGAAAAAUCUAGUGAAAAUAAUCAGUGCAGUAAGACUUUUAUGCACAGCAUCAGUCUUACAGGGCAUCAGAGAAUCCAUACUGGGGAUAAACCUUAUGAAUGCAAUCAAUGUGGAAAGACAUUCAGACUGAGAUCCAGUCUUGUUCUACACCAGAGAGUCCACAUUAGGGAGAAACUCUAUGAAUGCAAUCAAUGUGGAAAGACAUUCAGUCAGAGCUCCAGUCUUGUUCUACAUCAGAGACUCCACACUAGGGAGAAACAUUAUGAAUGCAAUCAAUGUGGAAAGACAUUCGGUCAGAGCUCCAGUCUUGUUCUACAUCAGAGAGUGCACACUGGAGAGAAACCUUAUGAAUGCAAGCAGUGUGGAAAGACAUUCAGUCAGAACGCCAAUCUUACUGUACAUCAGAGAAUCCACACUGGUGAGAAACCUUAUGAAUGCAAGCAAUGUGGAAAAACUUUCAGACAGAGCUCCAAUCUUGUUCAUCAUCAGAAAUGCCACACUGGGGAGAAACCUUAUGAAUGCAAACAGUGUGGAAAAACAUUCAGACAGAGCCCCCAUCUGGCUGUACAUCAGACAAUCCACACUGGGUACAAACCCUAUCAGUGCAAGCAAUGUGGAAAAGUAUUCAGUCGGAAAUCCUAUCUUGCUGCACAUCAGAAAAUCCACACUGGGGAGAAACCUUAUGAAUGUAAGCAAUGUGGAAAGGCAUUCAGUCGGAGAUCCUAUCUUGCUGCACAUCAGACAAUCCACACUGGGUAUAAACCCUAUCAGUGCAAGCAAUGUGGAAAAGUUUUCACUCAGAAAUCCCAUCUUGUUGUACAUCAGAAAAUCCACAGUGGGGAGAAACCUUAUUAAUGCAAGCAGUGUGGAAAUACAUUCAGUUGGAGCUCCAAACUUGCUGAGCAUCAAGGAAGCCACACUGGGGAGAAACCUUAUGAAUGUAAUCAGUGUAGAAAGACAUUCACAAGUAGCUCCAGUCUGGCUGUACAUCAGAGAGUCCAUACUAGGGAAAAAUGUUAUGAAUUCAAGCAAUGUGGAAAGAAAUUCACAAGUAAGUCCAGUGUUGCUAUACAUCAGAGAGCCCACACUGGGGAGAAACCUUAUGAAUACAGUCAGUUUGGAAAAACUUUCAGACAGAACUCCAAAAUUGCUGUAUAUCAGAGAAUCCACAAUGGGGAGAAACCUUAAGGAUACAAGCUAUAUGGAAAGAUUUUCUCAUGCAGCUCUACUCUUGCACCUGGCAUAAGUCUAAACUUGAUUAAGAGGCAAGGAUUGCAUGAUGGAAACCAAUGAGUGGGGAUAGACUAGAAGGUGGGUAAAAGCAGCAAUAGAGUUAAAAUUAUGAGGUGAGGGCAGAGUGAUGUCUCCUGCACUGCCCCCUGAACUGUGGCUCCUAAGAUGAGAUUCGUGAGUUAGUGGGCAGAGAAAAGGUUUUGAUAAGUGUGAUCCCAUAAACAAAUUAAGGGAGCAUAGAAUAGUUUACCUUUCAGAUCAAUUUAUUGAUAAGGAAAGAGUUUAUGACCAAAUAAGAAAUAGAUAACAUUAUAUGGUAUAAAAUAGGUAAUUUUUACUAUAUUAAACCAAGAUUAAAAGUGGAAACAAGUUAUCAUUUGCUUUACAUGUCUAAUUAAAUACUUCAGUUUUUUUUUUUAAAAUUCUAACCCUCUUCUCAAAUGUCUUAAUUCAUUAAUUCAUGGUAUUGUGAAUCUUAAAAAUUCUCAGACCCUACUUCAGAACACUUGGUUAAGACUAUUCCCCAUUUUAAACAAUGAAGGUACUUGAUCAGGAAUGUGAGACCUCUACUUCACCCAUAUUAAGCAUGCCUUAGGGGAAGAUAAAGUUGUAAACUCCUUGCUGAACAAUGAAAAAUACUUAACCCAUACUUAUAGUAAGGCAAAAGCUCUUAAGUUGUGCCUAUUUUUAGAUCUAAUACAAAAGGGUGCUAAGUACCUAUAAAGGUCAGGCAACUUGUAAACUUGCAAGUGGCAAAGAGGUAAGAACUUACUCAGAGGUUUUAGUCUACUCAGGUGUGAAUUACUCAAAAGUUUAGUCUACUCAGGUGUGAAUUAAGAAUGGUCUGUCCUUUGGAAAACGUUUACUGUGAUUGGUAGAUGUAAGAACUAUGGGGAGGUGACAUAGGAGAAAAUUCUCUUUAAAAGGAGCUCAAAAGAGGUCUCUAAAAAAAGAUUCAGCUGGCAAAAGCUGAAUUGGAGAGAGGCAGCUUGCCAGAGCUGCCUUGAAGGGCUUGGUGGCUGAACUUAGUUCAGCUUGCCGAAGCUGAACUGGUGGCUCUCUCUGAACACUAGAAUCUUGCUUGGGACAAAUCUUGUGAUGAGUGGAUUAAAGACUGACUGAUCUCUUUCUUAAGGCUUAAAAGCCUAGGUUGGCCUAGGCUAGCCUAUCUCUUUUAUCAUUGUUUCCUCUUGCUCUCUUUCAUUUAUUCCUUAUUUGUAUUAAUUAAAAUCUCCAUAAAAACCCAGUUGACUUGGGUAUAUUUCAUAUUUGGGAAUUUUUCCCUGGUGACCACUUUAUUUUUAAUAUAAAAAAACAUCUUUGCGGUCACAGUUUAUGAACCACUACUUUAAUUGUUACAGUUUAUACCAACUACUGGUUUAAAUGCCACAGUAUCUAGAUCUAAAGUGACAUUAAUUUCAUAAGGGAAUAAUGUCUUUGCUCUAUAGAAAUCAUUUGUAAUUAGCAUCAUUUACUAUAUAAUGUUUUCCCAAAAAUUCCUACAAAGCAAAAAUUAAAAGAUAAGAAAUUAUAUUGUAGAUUUUAAUAAAAUUAUUGAUAUUCUAGUGAUUUCUAUUCAGUUUAAUGCAUUAUCAAAAUAAUUAUCUUACAUAGAAAAUCACCACACAUCUAUCAUCUUGACACUCUGGACUGAUUGCAUUCAGAGGCCAGUGUAACAUAACUGAUACAAAUAUACUUAGUUCUGCAAUUUCUAAACCUAUCACUUACAUAUCAAGUCUUAAGCUCAUUUUGCAUUGAGGUCUCUGCAAAAUAUGCUGCUAAAAUUUAUCACAGCAGUACAGAACUCCAAGCUAAAUAAGUUUGUUGGGAGGAGACCAGACUCCCAAUAAAGCUGGACCCUGUUCAAAUCAAGAGCAGAGACCCUGAGACUUAGGAGAUAGCUUUUUUAUUCCAAGAAAUCUCAUGACAGUGAUAGAAAAUACAGUCACAGUGAAAAUAGAAUGGAUGCAAAAUCAUUCAUAUGGGCAUCUUCUUGAUGACAGCAGUGAAAUUAAUCCUGUAAGUGUAAAAAAGAUCACUAUGGGUAGUAACUUUGCAGUACUCAUGGUUUGGGUGUUUUCACUGAUGAUUAUGGUGGAAUAGUAGAAGUCAGCAGUUUUUGUUAAAUAAAAUGUGAAAACAAAAGUAACCCUCCACCUCCUGCAUUUUUGUCUUUUUCUACAAACAAGACCAUCAUUCCUCUUUUUGUCUGACCAUCUUGUUAUAUACCCAAAAGGGGUGUGGUAGGAUUUAUGGAAUCUUCUGGGUUAUAAGCUUAAGGUCAGGAUGUAAAUAAGAUUUGAUAGUAUCCCAAACUGUAAUUAUCUUAGGUAAUGUUUAUAAUUUUUUAUGAAGCAAACUAUAAUUUGACUUAUAAACUCAAAACUAAUGACUGUUAUAAAAAAUCAUAAAGACUAAUACUAUUAUAAUCAUAAAAGGGGGAAGGGAGUUUCAUACUCACACAUACAAGGUCAAUUAUCAUGACAGGAAAACAGUUGUGAAUUGAAGUACUACUGCAUUAGAAUUUAUUUUAAGACAGGUCCAUCAAAUCUAGAUUCAUCCUGUAAACCUUAAAAUUUCUUAUACUUAUAAAUGUUGGAAAUUUCACCAAUGGGAAAUUUCAUACUUGAAAAAUUUCCUACUGAUAGUCUAUUGGAAUGUGAACCCCAUUGGCAUGGGAGAAGGACCCUUCUCCUCCCUACUUAAGAUUACUUUAGGACAGAAACCUUUUGCUGAACAAUGGAAAGGACUUUGACCUAUGCUUAAGCAUAGAACAGGAAGUUCUUUGAGUCAUGAUUGAUUUUAGAAUUGAUACAAUAGAGAUACUUGGAAUGACAGAACCAGGUCUUGGAACUUCCAAUCUCCACCCUACUCAGUCCUAACAGGAUUUAGGAAGGGCUGCAGCAAAGGAUCAAGAUUUAAUUAUUUGAGAAUAUGACCUUCAACAGACAUGUGCAAAGCCACAGACCUCUGGGUGGUCCUGGGUUAAGCUAGAGCCACCAUUGGCACAGGGAAGACAUGGACAGUAAUUAGUAGAUGUGAGAACUGAGGGGAGGGAACUGAGAUGGUUUCCUUAAAGGGAGAGGGGUCUGAGGACCAAGAGGUUGGUUGGAGAGGUUUUGCUCUGAAAGGUUGUGCUCUGAGAAGCUUGCUCUGAAGAAAGCCGGAGGUGGAGGCCCCUGAGACUCUUUCUCCAUUUUGGUCACGUGAGUGAUAGGGACUGAUCUCUUUUCUUUGCCUCAGCUAUCUAAGGGCUUGGGCCUUUUGGCCCAGCCUAAACAGAGGGGGUAUUUAAGCCAACUCCUGGGAACGUUCUGACAUUCUGUUUGGAAACUCCUUCUUCUUGAUUGACAGACAUGUUCCCAGCUUGCAUCUUGGCUUACAAGUGUUCUCUCUCUUUCUCUCUCUCUCUCUCUCUCUCUCUCUCUCUCUCUCUCUCUCUCUCUCUCUCUCUCUCUCUCUCUCUCAUACCUUUCUUCCUCCUGUUUGUAAUUAAACUCCAUAAAAGGUUGACUGCUGACUUGAGUUUUCAUUAAGGAAUCACAUAGCUGAAUUCCUUGGCGACCUUAAAUUAAUAUAUAUCAGUCUUUUAAAGUGAUUUCCUUGUCAUAAAAGAGAAGAGAGAGAUAAAAUGGGAUAAAUUAUACCACCAUAAGAGGCAUGAAACAUAAAGCUAUUACAGUGGAGGGGAGGAUGAGGGUGGUGACAGGCAAUAUUACACUGAUCAAUAUUGGUUUAGAGAAGGAAUAACAAUCAGAUUCAUUGGGGUAUAGAAUCCUAUCUUAACAUAUAGAGAAGUAGAAGGGAAUGUGAAAUAGGGUGAUAAGGAGGGGGUGCAAUAUAAAGGAGAGGGAAUGAGGAGGGCAAUUAAAAGCAAAACAUUUGUGGAGGGAUGGUGUGAAAGGAGAAAGCACAAGAUUAAAAGGGGGGAAACAAGAUGGAAGGGGAUCCAUAGAUGUUAAUCAUAACUGAAUGUAAAUGGGAUAAACUCACCCUUAAAAUGGCAGCUGAUAGCCGAGUGGAUUAAAACCAGAAUCUUAUCAUAUGCUGUUUACAAGAAACAUAUGAAUCAGGUAGACAAACACAAAAUAAAGGUAAGGGGAUGGAGCGGAAUGUGUUAGGCUUCAACUGAGAUUUAAAAAAAAUCAGAAGUGGCAAUCAUGAUCUCAGACAAAACUGAAGCAAAAAUAGAUCUAAUUAAAUGACAUAAGGAAGGUUGAUACAUCUUGAUAAAAAGUACUAUAGACAAUGUAGUAAUAUCAAUACUUAACAUAUUUAUCAAAUAGUAUAGCAUUCAAAUUCUUAACAGAGAAACAAAAGAGCUUAAGAAAGAAAUAGACAGAAAAACUGUACUAGUGGAAGACCUUAACCUUCCCCUCUCAGGACUAGAUAAAUAUAACUGAAAAAUAAAUAAGAAGUAAAAGAAGUUAAUAAAAUUCUAGAAAAGUGAGAUUUAAUAGAUCUCUGGAGAAAACUGAAUGGGGUUAAAAAGGAAUAUGACUCCCUUUCAGUGGCACAUAGUACAUAUUCUAAAAUUGACCAUAUUCUAGGGCACAAAAACUUCACAACCAAAUGCAAAAAAGCAGAAAUAAUAAAGGCAUCCUAUUCAGAACAUGAUACAAUAAAAAUUUUAAUUGCCAGGAGCUGUCAAACCCAUGUUGUCUGACCUGGUCGCAGGUGGAGACUGAGGGUCACAAAGUGGCCCCCAGAAAGGAUGGAAACAUUCACUUAAACCCCCCUGAGCAACUUUCCCUAUUAACAUCCCCUUAUUAUAGGAAUUGCUAUGAUUAUUCCCCUGGAAAAAUAGAUGAGAGCAACAUGGUUGCAGGGUUAAUACAGAUGUUCCCCCAGAAUAUCACUAGGAGAUCCCACUUACAAAAUUAAACCUAAGGAUUCUUAUGUACCCACUUAGGUAGGACCUUCUUUUUUGGCAUAAAACUUCUGGCAAAUCUGUGCUCAGAAUUCCCCAACCUAAAACUGGGCCAUGUUGAUUCUACCCUCUGACCCUGCAACUUAGCUACAAUGUUUUGUUGACUAUCUCCUUAAUUUUCUAGGAGCAGGAAUAGGAACAGGGCCAGAGAUCAGGAGGAGGAUUGCCAGGGGCAGGAGGGAGGAACUGAGGAACUGAGGAACAUGAGCUCAAGCAGAGUGAAAGAGUCCUCAAACUGAAAACAGCCAGGCCUAUAGGAAGGGCAACCAGGCAAAAAGAAAAACAAACAAAUAUACAAACUGGCAGUAAUAGGGCAGCAGCUCAGAUAGAGAGUUUGGAGUCCUCUCAGAGUUCGUGGGGGUAGGGGUGUGUGCAAAAAGCCUUGCCAGGAGAAACGUGGCUUAAAAAUUGAUCUAGGCUAUCUCAAAAAAAAAAAUGAGAGUUUUUCUCAUACCUUUUGGUUGCCCAAAACUGUAAAAAUUAAAAUUAAAUCUCAAUAAAAAAUAUAUUUUAGGAGAUUUAUUAGGGAUCAUUAGAAAUCAAGGAAUAAAGAGAAUACAAAAUAAAGACCAUGUGCCCAUGGCUGAUUAGCCCAUUUAAAAUCCCCACUCAGUACCGUCACCACGCUGGCUGCACGCCAGAGAGGAAGGGCCAGCAGGUCUGCCCACUCAAUUUUAUUUCCUGUCUAUUUGAAGUACAUAAUGACAGGAAAUCAGUGGGUUCCCAGGAAAUGUAGUUCUUUUUUUAGAGUAAUAGAUUUUCAAUUAUACAGCUAUCACCAAUUAGAUAUGUCUUGGAAUCAUCAAGGAGGGGAUAAUUAAUGAGCUUCUAAAAUGUUAUUUAUUAAGCUUCCUAAAACCAUCUCAGGUCAUUCCUGGUCAAGAGGGAGCCAUGGAGACCUAUGUCACAUUAUUGUUUGUGAUGCUUAUCUAGCCAAUAAUCAUGACAUAAUCAAUAAACUUAUGCUAGUAUCCAAAAGUCAGUCUCUUGAUCAAAUGUAAAAAAAUGGACUCGAAUACAGGACUACAAUCCCCACAAGCCUUUGCUCCACUUCCCCAAAAUGCUUUGUUAUCUCACGGGAAUUCUGAGGUGGGCCGAGAUGGAGGAAGGAUUUAAGCUGGUGGCAAAGGUUUUUGGGCAUCUUUUGGAUUUCCGUUUUGGAGCAGAUGCAUCUCUUCUGUGAUGUGAGGUUAUUUUGUCUAGGCCUCUGGCCUAGGCACAUGUUUCUUACUUGUAUAUUCUUUAAUCUUUAACCUUUAAUAAGCCUCUAAAAAAUAUAAUACUCCUUGCAGAGAGAAACUAAUUUCUACCUGCCUCAGUCUCCCCAUAUUCCCUAAUUUUAAUCUUUACACAAAUCAUAACACAAUUCUAAAGUUCAGUUUCAAUAAGUAUUUAUUAAGUACUUCUUAGGUCCUAGGGAAGUAGUAUUUAUAGUGUUAUAAGGAUAUAAGGGAAUGAGCAGGAGAUCCUGCAAAGGCAGAAGCAAGAAGGUUCCAGAACUCUGGAGAAGUGACAGGGCAGUUUCUUUUCCUAACAGUCAGGGGAAGGAGGAGGUUGAGUUGCAGUCUAAUCCUCUAGGGUGGACCUAGUGAACUGGCUAUUCUCUCUCCUGUGGCUUUCCUUGUGAUCCAUUUUACCAACUACCUGUUCCUGUGUAUCUUAUUGAUGCUGACUGAGAAAUAUUUCUACAGAGCUGCUGAAGACACCAAAAGCUAUCUGGCAGUGAGAUCUUCCCUUUGAACCCUGUUCCUGCUUUACCUUCCUAUCCUACUACCUCCAUCACCAUCCAAGGAGGGAAUUUGGGUUAGAGAAGUGCAGUUUAUAGUAGGAAUUGGGAUUUUUAGGUAGAGAGCUGACAGUACAGACACCAUCUCUGAAGUUACCAGCUUGUUUGGGGGGAGGGUUAUUUAUGGCCUUUAGUUUAGAUAUCCCAAACCCUUUUCAUUUUCCCCUUAGUUAUUAAACCAAACUGUCCUGUUAUUAUACAUUGUCUGUGUUUAUUAGUUCAGGAUCUGGCUCUGCCUGCCCUGGGUUGGUAUCCCCUUCCCCAACCAGAUUCCUGGCCCUAUAAUACCACCCUUGAACCUACAAUUAUCCCAAAUAAAUUAGUUAAACCAGUUAGGUAUUUCAAUAGCCAAAGAGCUUAUGAUCCAUUGCAAUAAUAGGUCACAUGGACAUAGCUUUAAAGGUUUUAAAAGAACUUAUAUAUGUGUGGUAUCUCUUUCAAUACUCACAACUUUUUGAGGGAGGUGCUACUAUUUAUUAUCCCCUAUUUACUGAAGAAGAAUUUGAGGUUCAGAGAAUAUAUGCCCAGAAUCACAGGGCUGAUGAGUAUUAGCGGUCAUUCUGACUCUAAAUUCAUUUCUCUGUCUAUCAUGUUAAUAAUCCUGCCAUUCUUUCCUGACCCCAAGGGGCAAAGAAUCCCCAAGAGGGGGACUUCAUUCAGCAUCUCUCCUCACCUGAAGGCAUGAUCAUGGAAAAGGGAAGCAACAUCAGGUGUCACACAACCAGUUGUGAGAAUUAAAUGUGUCCCAGACCCACUUCUCUGGUCCCUGAUGAUGACCCUGAAUGCAACCUAGUUGUGUAAUAGGAACUCUCUAUGAUUCUUUGAGUUUCAAGUGAAAUGGGUGUUCAGGGAGGACUAGCACCUCUGGUGUGAGGGUUUGCUGAGCCCCUUUGAGGGUUACAUUCCUACUUGGGUGUCUACCUGUCAGGUAACUCUGACCUGUGGCUCCAAGAAGCUGUAGCAUGACCAACAGCACCCCCUAGUAAAAAUGUAUUGGCUGAUGGGCUCAAUCAGGUUGAGAGUAAUGGCCAAUGUAAGGACAAACCUUACCGUGAUUUAGGGAGCAUCUAUGUCAGGCACGUGAAGACUCCCCUGUUGGAAUGGGUGGAUAAGAACCAUUUGUUCCAAGGAACAUGAAGCUGGCUGAAGCAGGCUCUGUGGAGUACUUAGAAUUUGGUCAGACAUAGAGGAUGCCAAGGUCUUCCAUGGCUCCCAGGUUAUCCCAGGCAUCUUGAUUUUUGUCUUGCCUCUGGAAUUCAGUGACUCCAGAAGAGAGAGUGAGGCUGAUGACUUUAGAUAAUUCUGCCUCCAAUUCACAAACAAGUUAAGACAUCAACCCUUGAUGUUGUUGGUUCUUUUAAAAAAUGAGGGACCAAUAACAAGAACAACCCAUUUAAAUAGAUGUCCGGCUCCAAAAAGGCUCCUCGAGCUUCUGGCGACUUUCUAUUUUGAAAGGUUUCACCUCAUCUACUUUCCAGCUGAUAUAACUGUUGGGGUUUAGUGGAUAGGAUUGGAUGUUAAUUUAGGCCAGUAACUUGGUUUGGGAAGGCCAUUCAAGCCCAGUGCAGGCAGAGCCAGACCCUGAGAUGACACACACAUACACAGAAUCCUAUGUUAUAAAUAACAGGGGUUUAAUAUACUAAGGACAGGUUGGAAGGGAUUUGAAUAUAUUUUAUUCUAUUAAUAAAUAUCUAUACAUCUCCAGAUCUACAAAUCUCUCCACAGAGAUUGAUUCUGAGUGGUUCCCUACUCUAUUCCUAUACUCACUAUAUAACCCCAAAAUUAAUAUACUUAACUAAACUAAUGCUAACCCCCCCCUUUGAUAAUCUAAGGGAAAAGGGUUUGUGUGCAAGUCUGAUAGGGCCCAAUGAUGGCAUCACGUUCAGCUAUUAGUUAUCACAGUACAGAAAUUCAGUAAGUGUCAAACGGCCAACAGGUACAGGAUAAUCCAAACAUCAGUAAGAUGUGAUAAACAAGCAGUCAAAUGCCACAGGGUGCAUCAUGGGAGGUUUUCCUGGAGGCUUCUGGUACCAGGCUAAUCUGCCAAUGCUCUGACUGGCCCUGCAGCUGAUGGUGAGUGUCUCUCCCAGAGCCACAGACAGGGAGGCUGGAGUCUGGGUCAUCACAGUGGCUGUCCUGGACUCUGGGAUGGGAAAAAGAAAGGAGGAAAAGCAGAUUCAGGUAAAGGACCACAUCCAGGGGCCAUGAAUUCCCCAGUGAGUCCCCUCGUCUCACACCAUCUGUUUUGUGCCUCAGUCUGACAUGACAUCCCAUUGGCUGUAGAGACCAUCUCCAUCUGCCUCCCUCAUACAGUCUAUAAUUCUGGAACCUCCUGCAGAACCUCCCCCCAUGUCAGCCUGUGGCUAGUCUUACCCUGAGCCCAGAGCACCAGGAGGCAGAGGAGCUGGGAUGGGGACAUCAUUGUGUCCUCUGUAGAGCUUCAGGCAGAGAGCUCUGAGCCCAGAAUGAGGCAGAUGGGGAUAGAGAUGUAUUUAUAUGUCAGGACAGCCUUGUGCAGGGGCUGAGACCUCCCCAUGCAAAACAGACCCAGAACCACCUCUGGCCUCUCAGCUUCAUCUUCAGAGCCCAGGUGAAGGCCAGCCUCUAUAUUGGGAUUAGCAGAGUGUGUUAUCUCAUGCUUAAAUGGUCUCUCUGGUUCCAUCUCUGCCCAGGGUAGCUGCAGGGUCACAGGGAAAGGCCAGGCUGGUUGUGGCUAACACAAGGGAGGCCUCUCUGUCUCUCCAGAAGAGACCAAACCUCUGAGCCUAGAGCAGAGUCAGUGAGGAGGAGAGAGAGAUGUUUGCACUGUAGAGUGCAGAAAAGUCAUUAGAAAAGGGAAAUGACAAGAUUAAGAGGCUAUUUUAAGAGCAAUGAAAAGAUGCACUUCAAGGAGAGGUGAAGGAAGAGGCUGAGAGUGGGAGGAGGAAGAUAGAAGCCCCUGGGAAGGCAGCAAGUGAAUCCUGGACUGACAGAAAGAUGGGCCUGACUAGUGGGGGGAACUGGACCGACCCUCCCCCAGGCUGAUCUCUGCAUUCACGUGCCUGUGACUUCCCUACCAUUGUCUAUACUUUUGAUCUCCUCCCUCCCUCGUUUGAUUCAGUUCAUCUUCAGGGGACCCACAGGCAAUGGAAAGAUGGAAGAUCAUGGAUAGAGGGAGAUUCAAAGGCUAUGAUGAAUAACUUCCUAGUUAAAGGUUUGGCAUUAACUGAUAUGGGACAUUUCUCAUCAGAAACAAAGGUUAACCAGAUAGCCAGAAUGUAUCCUUAGUGGGCCCAGAGAUUACAUUCCCAGCUUCCAGAAAUGUAAAGAAUCAGAGGAUAGUUUCCAGUAUGUUGGUUUUCUCACCUUUAUGGGAUUUCUGGAAGGUCAUGGAUAUGAAAUGCACAAGACUGAGACCUUGGAAGAUUUUCAUUCCUCCUUGGGACUGUUGAGAUCACCAUUCUUUCUAUGUCUAAACAUCUAUUCCUGUGUAUCUCUAAGAAUCUCACCAGUCUACUUCCCUCAUUCCUCUUCCCAUCUACCAAUCUUGGAGGUAAAAAUAGUCUUCCUCUUUGUCAAAAGUAACUUGUUUGCUGAUAGCUACAUUCCCAGAACCUCUGAUCAUCACUCUAAUCAAAUAAGUAUUUCCAGGUUUUUUUUUAAUAAAUAAGAUUCAUUAUAAAAACCUGUUUUAGAAACAUAUGGAGAAAAUAAAUAUUGGAUAUGUAAUUUCACUUUGGACAAUUCCUUGAUUCAGGAUGUUGUUCAUAAACCAUCCCUGAGACAUCUAGGAAGGGAUGUCAAGUGAAAUAAAUGGUACCUGGGAAAAAAAGACAAAUAAAAUGAGCAUUUCUAUAUAUGAAAGAGGAUGGAAACAUUGGAUUGCUCAUGAUGCUACAGAUUUCUGUUAUAUGUAGUUUGCUUUUGUUUUUAUGCAAAUAAUAAAUUUAACCUGCAAGUUUCAAA